UGCUGCUCCAGGGUGAAAAGGUGCUCAGCGUGGACGGGGCAGAGGCCUCUUGCCGGCCAGGAUUCAACUUGGAGGCCUACAUGUUCGGGGUGCCCAGGCGGGCCUUGCAGAGGGGCCAGAAGCUGGGCAGAGUGGACUUCGAGGGCUGCGCAGGGAGGAGCCCAGGAGCCUUCCUUUCCCAGGAUUCACACUUCACGUUGCAUCCGGAUGGUGUGGUUGUGGUGAAACGGCCCCUGCAUCUCCAUGACCAGGAACUGAGCUUUCUUGUGCACACGUGGGACAUGGAAGGCAGGAAACAUUCAGCCAGAGUGACCCUGCAGUUCCAGCAUCCCGGCCAUCACCGGCUGCCCUCGCAUGGGGAGACCCGUCCGGCUGCUCAGGCGGAGGUGCUGCUUUUUCCAAGGUCUUCACCUGGCCUGAGGCGGCAAAAGAGAGACUGGGUCAUCCCUCCGAUCCUUUGCUCUGAGAACGAGAGGGGGCCUUUCCCCAAGAACCUGGUGGCGGUCAAGUCCAGCAAAGAAAAAGAGGGUACCGUCUACUAUAGCAUCACUGGGCAGGGGGCCGACAGCCCUCCAGUUGGCACCUUCAUCAUCGAGAGGGAAACUGGCAUGCUGAAGGUGACUCGCCCGCUGGACAGGGAGAAGAUUCCCCGCUACCAGCUGUUUUCCCAUGCGGUGUUAGCCAAUGGCCAGACAGCAGAGGACCCCAUGGAGGUGAUCAUCAAUGUUGGUGACCAGAAUGACAACCGUCCACAGUUCAUCCAGAGCGUCUUCAAAGGGUCUGUGGAAGAGGGAGCUAAACCAGGAACGUCUGUGAUGACAGUGACAGCCACAGAUGCAGACGAUGCGAUUGACUCCUAUAAUGGGGUCAUCACUUACUCCAUCCUCAGCCAGGAACCUGAACCAGAAAAACAGAUGUUUACUAUCAAUAAUGAAACCGGCCUGAUCAGCGUGGUUGUGUCAGGUCUGGACCGAGAGAGGAUUCCCCAGUACACGCUGAUCCUGCAAGCGACUGACCUGCUGGGACAAGGCUUAAGCAAUACUGGGACGGCUGUGAUUACCAUCACCGAUGCGAACGAUAACCCGCCAAUCUUCGACCCCCUCCUGUACAAUGUGAUUGUGCCUGAGAAUGAGGUGGGGGCCAUGGUUGCCAUCCUGAAGGUCAAAGAUGCAGAUGAAGAGAACAGCUUAGCUUGGAAAGCAAAGUACAGAAUUGUGAAAGGGAACGAGGAGGCAAACUUUGUGGUCACUACUGACCCGGACACCAACAAUGGUCUUUUGACCACAGCAAAGGAACUGGAUUAUGAGACCAAAAACCAAUAUAUUCUCAAAGUGACCGUAGUGAACGAGGUUGAGUUUUCUGUCCGCCUCCCGACGUCCACGGCCACUAUCACCGUCAAUGUGAGCGAUAAAAACGAACCCCCGGUCUUCGUUCCUCCCGAACUGAGGGUGUCAAAGCCUGAAGAUCUUUCUCUUGGACAACCAAUAGCUCAGUACACAGCCCAGGAUCCUGACAAGUUCCUGCAGCAGACCCUCAGAUACUCGAUGAGGAGUGACCCUGCAGGCUGGCUGAAAAUUGAUCCCGAAACGGGCCUGAUUGUGUCAAAGGCCCUCCUAGAUCGAGAGUCAGAUUUUGUGAAGGAUGAUAUUUACAAAGCCAUCAUUGUGGCAAGCGACAAUGCGAACGAGCCGGCCACUGGCACGGGUACUCUCCUUUUGCACCUGGAGGAUGUGAAUGACAACUGGCCAGAACCCGAUCCCCGAAUGUUCGACAUCUGCAACCGCAAUCCAGAGCCCCAGGUGUUAAGCAUUGUGGACAAGGAUAUGCCGCCCAACACUAGCCCCUUCCUCGCAAAGCUGGAAUUUGACUCCGGUGCCAAUUGGACAGUCGAGACCAACAAAGACAGUCUAACACUUAACCUGAUCAAGCAUCUGGAGCCUGGGGAAUACAACAUCGCCCUCAAGCUGACCGAUGGCCAGGGGCUCUCUCAUGUCACCACAGUCAAGGCCAGUGUCUGUAACUGUGACGGGUCAGCCAAAAACUGUGAUCGAAAGGCAUUUCUGCCAGCAGGAAUAGAGACCCCCGCCAUUCUGGGCAUCCUCGGGGGCAUCCUUGCCCUUCUGAUAUUGCUGCUGCUGCUGCUGCUGUUCGUGAGGAGGAGAAGGCAGGUGAAGGAGCCGCUGCUUCUCCCAGAGGACGACACGAGGGACAACGUCUACUACUACGACGAAGAAGGCGGAGGGGAGGAGGACCAGGAUUACGAUCUGAGCCAGUUGCAUCGAGGCCUGGAUGCCCGCCCUGAAGUCACCCGGAAUGACGUUGCUCCAACCCUCAUGCCAGCCCCACAGUACCGUCCACGUCCUGCCAAUCCCGAUGAGAUAGGCAAUUUCAUCGACGAGAACCUGAAGGCAGCAGACAUGGACCCCACUGCUCCCCCCUAUGACUCUCUGCUGGUGUUUGAUUACGAAGGCAACGGCUCUGAGGCGACCUCUCUCAGUUCCCUCAAUUCCUCCUAUGGAGACCAGGACCAAGAUUAUGAUUACUUGAAUGACUGGGGCAACCGUUUCAAGAAGCUGGCUGACAUGUAUGGAGGGGGCGAAGAAGAUGACUAGGGGUGACUGGGGUGGGGGGCAGAAGGCUAGAAAGGAGAGAGAAUAGAGCUGACUCUUGGUGACUCUUGCCAACUUUUCCAUAAUUUAUCAAAACAUACACAAGAGAUCCCCCUUGAAGUAGAUUCUGACAAUCUCACCUCUGUGGGAUAAUUAUAAUCAAUGUGGUCUUGCUGAUUCAAUGCAACAUGGAGUUUCCUUCUCAAAGGCUGGACACCCUCAGGUGGAAAAAGCUUCCCCAGGAAAGAGAAAAGUAUCUGGAUUCUGUAAAGGACAGAAAGACUCUCUGGUGCUUGGUCUUAUAUUCAAGAGUUUCACCUGAGUACUCUGUCUUCUUGUUCAGCUAUUUUCCUGUUUGCUUAAGAACAUCGGACUUCUUGGUGCAAAAUUGUAAUGCAUCUUGGAGAAUAUGAGGAAAAAUAUGCAAGAAAAGAUAUUUUUGUGAGGGAGAGGAUAAAACACCACUAACGCUUAUGGUCACGUUAUAAGACAGAGGUUUUGUUGAGGGGUUGAGGGUUUCUGCCCUCACAGAUUCAAAUCCCACAAUCUGGAUACAGUGGCUAAUUAUUGGAGAUUUCUGCACGAAGAGCUAGCCAAGCCUGGUGUUUCCAAAGCCCUAACCAAAAAUAUUUCUGGGGAUUCUGCACAUCUGUCUGUGGCAUUUGGUUUCCAGCACUUGGCUUUUACUGCUCAAAGGCAGGCUUGUGGGAAUGAUGAGUGUCUCUCAGAAGAGAGGCAGGAUUUCUGAUUUUGUUGCUACUGUUAACUAACAUGGCUCUCCUCCUGGAUGAAUCCUUUUAGUAUCCCUAAAUCAACUUGCCCCAAGUGCCUUUGCUUUCAGACAAUGCCUCUGCCCAACCUUUGCCUCUCAAAUGCCUGGAGUCCAAUCUGUGUCCGGUGAGGCAUCUGCAAAACCAUCUGGUAUGAUCCCUCUUAUUGUGGCUUGAAAAUCAUGAUUUAUGGCUUGGAUGAUGUCUGUUCAUUGCCUUUUAGGGUUUCAUUAGCAAACCUGGUUUUAGCACAAGAUGUUACUACCUGGUGCCUUCUCAUAAAGAGCCUGAAUGGGUGGGAGCAGUUGCCUUCCCUGGCCAACCCCUCCCUGCCUCUAGGCUUUUGGCUACCCCUUGGGCCAGAGGGGAGCUCAACUGUGGCCCAAAGCCUGGCCCGAGCUCUCGGGCCUCGAGCCUUCGUCUGGGGACCAGCCAGACACACUCCUGUGCAGGGCCUUAUAAAAUACAGCUGUACAAGAUGGCGUUUGUCCACCAAGUAAUCCAUUUUAAGUAGAACCGUUUCUCCUUGACCCUGUCAAGAGAACCAACCAACCGUUUCCUGUGGUGUGUUUCCCAUUCCCUAACCUGCCCAAUUGAUGGGCACCUUUUGGAAAAUGGCUUUGUAAUUUUAGAUAUGUAUGCUAAGCUGUCCUUUUUGGAUAUAUAUUGUGGAAAGAAUACAGAGAUACACAUUUUUUAAAGUUAUUUUAUUGCACAGAUGCUUUUAAAAAAUAA